GGUCUCGAAGUGCAGUACGGCUGGAACACGAACACGAGCUUGAAGCAUUUGCAUGCGGCGCGUGCGCAAGAGCUCGAUUGCUUGAUCAAAGUCAGCCGGCUUCGGCUGGAAAGGGGCUAUGGUCAAAUAUUUGUAUUAUCCCUAAUUUGAAUUGUUUUUUUUGUAUAGUUUUAAUAUUUGAGAGGCAAUCAAUACUCUCAAGACUAUGAUUUUAUUCUACAUAAAAAUUAAAUUUAUACUAGCAAAAAUUGACUAAAAGAGCAGUAUUCCAAAUACCUACAUAAUAACAUUAGGGAGUCCUAUACUUACCCCCAAAAGAUAUAAUGGAGGUUGAUGAGUGUUGUCUUAUCACUUCACCAAAAAAUUUUGAAAAACAGCACCUCAGAAAUGUCUCAGAGGAGUCCAAGAUAAAACCUCGGAUAAAACCAAAGCAAACCAGAAACCGAAAACCCUUGGACCCCUCAAAAUUUGAUUUCCAUUGUCAUUGCGGUAAGAAUUUCAGCCAAAUUAAACAUCUAAACUAUCACAGAAGACAAGUACACAAUGAAGCAAUUUCUACUUUGAAACCACCGAAAAAAAUUUGCCAUCUAUGUAAUUUCUUCUCAAAUUACCAGAACGAUAUGAUGAACCAUUACAAGUCCUCACAUAAUAUGCCUCUUGUUGAAGAAAAACUCUUCUUCCUAACAGAAAAAGAAUUUUUUAAAUGGAAAACGAAUAUUGAAGCUAAAACAGAUGUCAGAUUUAGAAUGAACCAAUCCCCUGGUGCUUCAAGAACUUCAACCACUAAAUACAAUUGCAACAGGUCAGGCCAUUACGGAUAUUAUCACCAGAAAGGACGAAGUAAAAGAUCUUUAAAAAAACGAGAUAGCAUUAAAAGAAAUGCCUAUUGUCCUGCAAGAAUUAUUAAACAAUUAGAAGCUGAUGGUAGUUGCACUGUAAAAUUUAUUAGUGCACAUGUAGGCCAUGAAACAUCAGAAGUACAUUGUUUGCAUCUUCCUACAAUGGAAAAAGAAGAAAUUGCAAAUAAAGCUCACAUGAAUAUCCCCUCUAGUAAAAUUCUAGAUGAAAUAAGAGACUCUUCUGAGUCAGAAUACAAUUUACAAAGAAAUCGUUUAUUGACAAGAAAAGAUUUAGACAACAUUGAGGCUUCAUAUAAAAUUCAAUCACAACUCGUUGGAAAGCAUUGUGUCUCAGAUUUCAACCAGUGGUCCAAGCAAAUGCAGAGUGAGGGCGAUUGUGUGCUUUUUCAUAAACCUCUAGGAACUUUUCUUGAAGAUCACAAUUACCUCAGUCCCAAUGAUGUCAUUUUAAUAUUAAUGUCUGCUUCGCAAAUGGAUAUUUUUAAAAAAUAUGGAAACAAUCAUGUUUGUAUCGAAGCAACAAAAGAUGAUUUAAUUAGUCCUGAUGGAAACAAUUUCAAAUUGCACACGUUAUUGGUGCUGGAUGAAUUGGAAGAAGCUUUUCCGUGUGCUUUUCUGAUAUCUAAUAAACUGGAUGUUUAUAUUAUACAAUUAUUUUUUGAGCAAAUACAUCUGAAGGCAAGAAAGAUAGUUAAGCCUAAAAUCUUUAUGUCUGGCUUGGAGGAUGAAUAUUUUGAUGCUUGGAUAAGUGUAAUGGAUGUUCCAGAAAAAAGGAUUUAUUCUCCAUGGAUUCUUGAUCAGACUUGGCGUGAAAAUUUGAGCAGAAUUGAUUGUGAGAGUAUACAAAUUGCUACAUAUAAACAACUAAGGCACUUACUAUCCAAACGACAUGCAACAGCAUUUCAUAAAAUGUUAGAUGAUUUUCUUUCCAUUGAUAAUCCAGAAUGCUUGGAUUUUAUAAAUUACUUCAGAGAUAAUUUUGCUGACAAUUUCGAAUAUUGGGCCUAUUGCUAUACAGGUUUAAAUUCAAGCCCAAGCUUAGAAAGAAUGUGCAAUUCUAUUAGCCAGUUCUAUCAAAAAGGAAAAAAUGAUCAGAAAUUAAAUAGAGGCAUUGAGGCUGUAAUGCGGUUUGUAAGGGAUAAGGUCAUUAAUAAACUUACUACUAACAACAAACACAAAAUUCGACAAAAAAUCAAAACAAUUCAAAUAUGCCAUAAAGCUAUGGAAAAAAUGAAUUUAAUUACCCUGAUACAAACUAAAGAUGGAUGGGAAAUAGUAACCCAAUCAGAAAUAUAUCAAAUUCAAAAGCAAGAGACUAUUUGUAAAGAUUGUCCUUUGAUAUGCAAGCCAUGCAAUGUAUGCUUGCACCAGUUUCAGUGUUCUUGCUUAGAUUCGACUGUAAAAUACAAUAUUUGCAAGCACAUACAUCUUGUGGCUAGAUUUAUUCAAAAUCCAAUUCCCGCAGAAGAGAUUGUUUUUGUAGUAGAAGAUGACUCUAUAACAACCCGAGCAACAACCAAAGUGGAUGAAGAAAACAAUGAUCUUGAAAUGAAAAAAGAAGAAUUAAUAAAAUAUGUAACUGAUAUGAUAAAUAGUUGUUCAACCCAUGAGGAGCUAAAUGUUAUCAGAGAAGCUUUGGAUCAAAUUAAACAAGUUGGGCAGCUUAACAAUGCUAACCAAAUACUAGUUUAUAGAUGAUGUUGAGUGAAAAUGGAGAUUUUUCAGGAGGCACAAAUCAGCUAUUGUAAUCAAUGAAGAAGGAUGAAAAACCAUGCAAAGUAUCCAAAAUGAUUAAUGUUUUAACCUUCUCAUUUUUGGACUCAAUAGGUUUAAUAUUAGGUACCUUGCAUUUUUUGGUAGUUACAUCUUUGACAAACUAUCAGCAGAAGUUUCUUGAUUUUUAGCGUAUGGUAAGAAGUUGCGCUGUACAAAAUUGCUUUUCCUAGCUGGUUUUGAGCAAUAUUUUUAGUUUUCAUUUGAGAUUACAGAAAAAUCUUGUACAGAACUUGUUGGGAAGGUGGUUUGCUAAUAUUUUGUGAGUGAUAAUGUCAUUGUAUAUGUCGUAACCAAUAGAAUAUAUAUAUUUUAUACCAA